GUCGUGGGUUCGAGAGGAUGCGAAGAACCUCAUGAAUUUCUGAACGGAUUUGUGCGAAAGUCUUGCUCAGGUGUUGUCACGAGUGCAAGUGGAGAAGUUGACUCAGGAAUCAGCACAGAUUGCAUCAGAGACGGCAAGUACGUGCCCGGAAGCAUAGUGGAAUACAAGUGCGACGAUCAUUAUGUCAUCAGGGGAUCGCGGAACCGGAUGUGCACAGAUAGGGGAAAAUGGAAUGGCCACGUCCCCUUCUGCGAGCCGUAUUGCGGGAAGAGGCUGCUGGUGAAGAAGUUGUCGGCCGGGGGCAAGCCGUCGAGUCUCGGAGAAUGGCCAUGGCAGGCUGCCAUUUAUGAUGUCAAGGAGAAACUCAUCGUUUGCGGAGGGGCUCUCAUUCGGAAGCAAUGGGUUCUCACGGCAGCUCAUUGUAUCGCAUAUGGUGGUUCCUCGCGACCUCGGCCUCAGAAUGACUUCCGCGUUUAUGUGGGGAAACAUUAUCGGAAUGAUUCAUUGGACGAUGAAUUCGUGCAGCAGAGAGAGGUGUCUGUGAUCGUGUCAUCCAAAGACUUUAACAUUUAUAACUUUGACUCUGACAUCGCCCUGCUGAAGCUGAACGAGCCGGUCCUGUUGACGGACAGAGUGCAGUUGAUCUGCAUCCCGAAGAAUCUUCACAUCACGGAGAACAACCUCAAGGAUGGAAACAUAGGAUCGGUGGCGGCUUGGGGUUUGAACAGUUUGGAUGUCCUCAGCGAAGAAGUAACGCAAAUUCAGAUCCCGGUGGUAAAAAAUGAUAUUUGUCGUAGGGAUUACAUUCAUGUCACUGGCGAUUCUGACACCAUCCGCACCCUCACCGUGAACCAAUUCUGUGCUGGACGUAAUACGACUAUCUCUGAAACAGAGUUCCAAACCGUGUGUCCCGGGGAUUCAGGCAGUCCGAUGGUCUUCUACUCAAAAGCCUUGGACCUCUGGCACAUCGAAGGAAUCGUGAGUCACCAUCUCGGCAAAAAGGAAUGCUCCAAGAGGCAGGGUGGCGAAUAUGGGAUUUUCACCAGGGUUUAUCGAUACGUCGAGUGGAUCGAGACGGUGAUUGGGUAAAGACUACGAUGGUCAUCUUUUCCUACUUUAGCCACAUCUGUAUUUCGUUCCGAACGGCGAUGUGCAUACGUCGGAAGCUUUUUUGCUUGGAGAGAUUCAACGGUG